AUGACGGCCUUCAAGGCUUCUGGCGUGUCACUUUGGGCUGCCAGCAUUUUGGCCAUUCUCUUGGCGUUUGUUCAACAAAGCGAGGCUGCAAACUUUACCGUGGAAGUGACACUUGUUCACAUGAAGGUCAACGGCACCACCAGCUUGCCUGACCCAGGUCCCCUAAACGACUUUCUCCGGCAAAACGAGAGUUUGUUCAACCAAUUAUUUCCAGACCCUCAGCCCCCCUUGCAGCUGCAGAAAUGCAACGCAACCAUAUACCAGAUCAACGCGUUUGAAUUUUACACGCUCCAGCAUCCGAGGGGGUGCGAGAGCGCACCGGGGCUCGCUAAGGAUCCUGCGCAAGAGAGAAUGGUGCGCAAGUAUGACAAGAUUGUGGGAAUCUGGGCAGUGGCCGUGUUGGCUUUGGUGAUCCUCCUAGGCUGCGUGUGGCUGGUUAGCCCAAAGUUCGCUGCAGGCGUUUGCCAGUGCCUCGGAAAGAUGCUAGUGCCCCCCCGUUAUGGUAACCCUCAGUAUAAUGAAAUCUGGGUGCUCGGUUUCUGCUUCCUCUUCUUAUGCACCACGCUGCUUGGCUGGUUUGCAAGCUUCAUCACGGGCAUAGUUGUGUACGGCGCAUUCAUUGGCGUCAAGCACUUAGACCCAGCGAAGCUACCUGACCCAGCUAGCCUUAACCAAUUCUUUUUAAACAGAAACCAAACCGCCACCCUCUACCAGUGCACAAUCCGAGACAUGUUCGAGGUUUACGUUGGGUUUGCUGACAGCUGCAAUCAGUUGCAGAGCUGCAUUUACCCGGGAGUGGCACGCAAGGAUGGGCCACCCCCUUUCGCUCACGGAGGCGGAGUAACCUUCGUAAUGAUGAUGGCAUCAGUAAUCACUUACGCAUCCUUUCGGGGACUCUCUACUGUUGCUGCUGUUGCUGGCCGAUUACUAAGAGCACCAGGAAGGUCUUUCGCGAGCGCAAGCAGGAAAGUGAAGGCGGUGCAAAGCAUGUUAAACUUCCAUACUGCGACCGGACAGCAGAGAAGCAGCCCGGACGGCGGUGACGUCAGCCAGGAAGCGAUGGUGCGUCAGCUGGAGGAAACGGAGGAUUCGAAGCGCCCGGCAAAGGCCUCGCACAAGCCGCGGUACACGUGGCGGUCCCCUCGGAACACCCGCGAGUACGACGACUCGAACGCGGACAGGGCCUCCACGGCGGCGCACGGGCUGCUUCAGAGUGCGGCGGGAGGUCGGCGUGGGGCGCUUCUCCUCCGUCUACCAGGUCGAAAGCGCCACAAAGAAGACUCGUCCUGGGCAGCCAUGGCGACUUUCAGACACGGCAGCUGCUCCUUCCCAAUGAAGAUCUGCCUUCUCCUCCUCGCUGGUGCGUUUGUUUCCACCGGGGAGGCCGCUGACAUCACUGUGGAGGUGGCGCUUGUUCACAUAGAGGUGAACGGAACGACCAGCCUGCCGGACCCAGGUCUCCUCAACGACUUUCUUCGAGAGGACGCGAGUUUGUUCAACCCUCUCAUUCCAGACCACCCCCCAUUCCAGCUGCAAAGGGCGUCCGUUCCGCUCACGCUCGACACCGUCACCGCCCCGCGGAACCUGUCGACGCGCAUCACGUGGGCGAUCCGCGUGGGGUUUGCGGAGCUGGGCAGGGCGGUGUUCAGGGCCGGUUCGGAGCUGGGGCUGCCCGGUUUGGCUCCCCGGUCGGCUGCCCCCUGCCGCGCUGACGCCGUUGCUUCGCAGCACCCCCCCAGGGGAGUUUCUGGCCGUUCGAUCGAGUCCGCCUCCCUCGGCGCUCCCCCGGGCUGCCUUUUUGGGUCCCCGGUCGGCCUUCCCCCGACCCCGCCCCACGCUGCCGCUCACUGCUCGUCCCCGGUCAAGGGUCUGGCCGUUCGAGCCCCCGGUUCAGCUUCCUCCGGCCGCUUCCACGAUGGCCCGCCCGGCCGGCCUGUCUCAGUCCUGCUCGCACCCCCGCUUGCCUCACCCCCCCAAUCAAAAAAUCUGGCAGUUCGAUCCCCCGAGUCCACUUUCUCCGGGGGCUCCAACUCCAACCGGGGGCUGGCUAUCCCCCAUGCCAGGCCGGCCUGUCCCCUGUCCCGCCCGCACUCCCGCUCACCGCAAGGUCCCCAACGAGAAGUGGUUCACUUUUUCUCCCUGCUGUGCUCAGGGAUCCGUCAGCCGAAACCCCCCGGUCCGAGGGUAGCACUCUUCCCGAUCGAACUGGUCAUGGCUCGAGAUCUGCGAGGCCUGUGUUCCGAAAUGGAAGGUCAGACGUUAUUGAAUGCGGGGCGGCUUCUCGGAAGCAUGGCAAGUACGGCAUGGUAA